CUAAGGUAUAUUUAGUAGUGUUUGGAUUUGUCUAAAAAUUGUUCUUUUGAGGAAGCACCGCUUUCAAAUAAGCGCCGCCUUUGAGUAAGCGCUGCGGUAAACGCAGUAAAAGCAUCUGGUUUUAAAUAAACGACGGGCCACUUAAGCAAGGAUUUACAGUAAAUCUAACUACUCAAAGUAUAAUAUACAGUGGUUGUGUUUUUAUAUACCAAAAGAAAGCUAAUCUAAUAUUAUCAAUUGAUCACUUUAUGUAUCCUUAAAGAGUUUGUUUUCCUAUACUUUUGUAAUCACAUUUGUAAUAUUUCCCCUCAUUUUUUAAUCAAUUCGAUUGCCAGGCUUGUGAGCCAACGUUGUAUAAAUUAUGUUAUGUCGUUUUGAGUUAUUUGUUUACACGAUCAUCAACUUGCUUAUUUAAUUCGACACAAUAAAAUUCACUAACUAAUUUGAUAGCAUUUGGAGCCAUUUUUAAAGACACAACCAAGUGAAAUUAAAAAAAGUUUGAAGUUGCUGGGGAUUCUCUUUUUCAUAAAUGUCUUGUUUGUAGCCUUUACCAUCCUCCUACUUCGGUUAAUCAAUAAUAUUGAUCAACACUUAUCGCAAAUAACGCACAAUAGUCGCUCAGCUAGACAAACGCCGAUUCUUAUAUAUUCAAAGUUAACCCUAUUAUACCUGAGCUUUUUUGGCCUUUGUAACCCUGGGGGGGGGGGGGCACAAAGUGCCCGCGGGUCAUAAAUCAUGAACCACCUGUGCUAAAGUAAUGAAACUUGUCUCAAUUGGAGAAUGUCUUAUAAGGAUUAGAAAUGACGUCACACAUGUGAAACAUGCUCAUGUCAUUAAACUUGGCAUAUAUGUAGCACAGGACAUUUAGAGAUAAUCGAGGUAAGGAAAACAAUAUAAUGACGUCAUUGGGAUCCGAAAUGACGUCAAUUUGCUGGAUCGAUAUUUCCCUCAAAUCUGGUUUUUUUUUUGACCCUGGUAACGAUAUAUCACCUUAGCAACACCUUGGUUACCACUUAGUAACCAACAUACAUGUAAUAAAUAAUUAUAUACCUAAUACAACAUCUUAUGACAUUCUAACAUGAAUGUCAACAAUUUUCAAAAUUCCAAAAAAUUUACCCCCGUCCAAAAAAAGCAAUACCACCAGCAAAGUACAAAAUUUUUCCCAAAUUUUUUUUUUCAUCAAAAGCCAUAAUAAAAGUUAGGAAUAGUCACAAAAUUUUAGAACUUAACCACAUGUGUAUCUAAAGUUAUGCCUUGUUAAAAUAGCCGCGUGCACUUUGUGCCCCCCAGGUAUAAUAGGGUUAAGCAGAAAGGAUGGAUUCACACUUUAUGGUCUCUGGUAUGGGUCGGCCGGGGUUUAAACCCAAGACCCUCUGCACUGGACGGAGAACGCUCUACCACACAAGGCCACCAGUCGGUUUAGGUUACUUAUUGAGAAUCAUAUUUCCCCAACUUCGUGUCCAGGGCACUUAACCUUUCCGUGAUAACAGCUAUAGGAGUGCACCCUGGGAAGGAGGAUUAAUUUUCCCAUCAUUAGGCUGAUAUGUCCAUAUCUGCUGCUAAACUAGUUGGUAAGCGUCAAUGAGUACAGCGUGUUUAAUUAGAGUGUGUUAUUAACGGUUAGAAGUUUAGCUUAUAACAUCAGUCUUUUAUUUUCAGAAGGUGAAAGAAAAAAACCCGAGUAAUCACUCUAUUUAAUCAAAGCAAAACAUGUUUUUGUGUGUGAUUUUAAUCUUUUUUUUCGCUGUUAUAACAGAAUAUAAUUUACUUAACAACUUAUUAAGCUUUGGAUCAACAGCUUAGCGACUUUCCUAUUGAUUUGACAAUAACAAACUUUGAAUAUAUGACACUUCAAAAAACAGCUAAAAACCUACACACAAAAGAGUUUAACAUUUUCUGAAUGUAUCAUGUAUUCGAUAACUAUUAACUACUCCGAGCUUAAUUGUGAUAUUAAACAUAAAUGAGUGGCUAGAUGUUUAAAGCUUGGAAGAAAGACUAUAUACUUCAACAUGAGAGUAGAGAUUUUGUUCAUCUUGUUUAUUACCGUAGCUGGUAAUAAUAGUCGAGAGAAACCACGUAGUGUUAUACAUACAAAACAUAGAACUGAUAAAAGACAUAACUGCGUAGGAUGGGUUCACAUAAAAGAAAACUGUUACAAAGUUUACACGGAUGAGAAAUAUUUCUCAUCUGCUGAAAAUAUCUGCUUAAGAGAAAAAGCACACUUGGUUUCAAUUUCAAAUAUCGUUGAAAAUAACCAUAUAAAUGAGAUUACUAAUGGCGCUGAAGUAUGGAUUGGACUCAAAAAACAAAAAUCGAAAUUUAUCUGGCUCGAUGGAUAUUCUACAUUUCGAAAUUGGAUGUUUUUCACAUCUAUUAACAAAGGAAUAUGUGUAAAGAUGAUUUCCGGAGGAGCUUGGGUUGAUACAUCCUGCUAUGAAAUGCUUCCCUUUGUCUGUAAAAAAAAGAUAAAGUACCCUGUGGAUACAGAGAGCAUGCAUUUGGCGGUGAUUAUCAUAGCUCCAUCAAUUCUACUCAGUAUAAUAUUACUUAUCAUCAUUCCUAUGUUUAUAGACAGUUACCGACGCGAAGUUAUCGUGAUGAAAAAGAUGCAUGAUAUAGAGAUAAUUAAUGAGGUAAUAGCGCGCCGUAACGAAGCAGAUAGUACAGUUUUUGCAGAUGAUAAAGCAAUAAUCCAGUCUAAUAAAGGUAGUCCUGAUUGCAGUAUUAAAACUAACGGAACAUCUGAAGAUUCAAAUGAGAUUAUAGAUGAAGACAAUAAACAAAUCAAUGAUAUUUUAAAUUCAUACCAUAAUAUCUUCUAUAUUCACGACGAAGAGUCAUCUACCAAGUUUAGAACGAAUUUAUUAUCAGACAGGGAAUGCAACGCUCAUGGAACGACUCGAGAUUUUGACGAGACGGAAGGAGAAAUUAAAACCGUAAUUAGAAACGGUAUGAUUAAAAAUGCCCAUCAAUAUAUUUAUGAUUCUGAUCUCGAAAGAAGCUAUAAAGCGGAAGUUGUAGAAGAUUAUAUUCAGAUAUCUGUUUUAUAAAUAAUAAGUUGACAUUUUUGCCUUAAAUAAUCGACGUAUUGUCAUAAUUCUACUUUGGAAUUUCCGUUGGUUUACAUAUUAGUAAAGACAUUUUCCGAUAACUUCUCUCUUAGUUAUGACUAUCAAUUGUAACUUUAUUUAUAACAGCCCAGUCGGUCUG